AUGGCUUCGACAUUCGGUGCCACUUCUACAGUUGGCCUUAUGGCUGCUCCAACAGGGAAGAAUGUGCGCCUUCAGAGGAGGACUAACUUCAGAGUAAAAGCAGCCAAGGAGCUGUACUUCAACAAGGAUGGCUCAGCUAUCAAGAAGCUCCAGACUGGAGUCAAUAAGCUUGCAGACCUAGUUGGAGUUACACUCGGACCAAAGGGAAGGAAUGUCGUUUUGGAGAGCAAGUAUGGCUCUCCUAGGAUUGUUAAUGAUGGUGUUACAGUUGCAAGAGAGGUUGAGCUGGAGGACCCUGUGGAAAACAUUGGAGCUAAAUUGGUCAGGCAAGCUGCAGCUAAGACCAAUGAUCUAGCUGGAGAUGGGACAACCACCUCCGUUGUCCUUGCUCAGGGACUGAUUGCUGAGGGUGUUAAGGUUGUGGCAGCUGGUGCUAAUCCUGUUCAGAUUACUCGUGGUAUCGAGAAAACAGCGAAAGCACUAGUUGAAGAACUACGUAAGUUGUCUAAGGAUGUUGAAGAUAGCGAGCUUGCAGAUGUUGCUGCGGUUAGUGCUGGCAACAACUAUGAAAUCGGUAACAUGAUAGCAGAGGCCAUGAGCAAGUUUGACCGUGGUUAUAUCUCUCCGUACUUUGUAACAGACAGUGAGAAAAUGUCUGUCGAGUACGAGAACUGCAAGCUGCUUUUGGUUGACAAGAAGAUCACCAACGCAAGGGAUCUUAUCAACGUUUUGGAAGAAGCCAUCAGAGGUGCAUACCCAAUCCUGAUAAUUGCUGAGGAUAUUGAGCAGGAGGCUCUUGCUACCCUUGUUGUCAACAAGCUUAGAGGAUCAUUGAAGAUUGCUGCCAUCAAAGCCCCUGGUUUUGGAGAGCGCAAGACUCAGUACUUGGAUGAUAUUGCCAUCCUUACUGGAGCAACUGUAAUCAGAGAUGAAGUUGGGCUGUCACUUGACAAGGCUGACAAAUCAGUCCUUGGAACAGCUGCAAAGGUUGUUCUUACAAAAGAGUCGACAACAAUUGUUGGUGACGGCAGCACCCAGGAAGAAGUGACUAAAAGGGUUGAGCAGAUUAAAAAUCUGAUUGAGGCAGCAGAACAAGAAUACGAAAAGGAAAAACUUAAUGAGAGGAUAGCAAAGCUUGCUGGUGGUGUUGCUGUCAUUCAGGUGGGAGCACAAACAGAAACUGAACUAAAAGAGAAGAAGUUGAGAGUUGAGGAUGCGCUAAAUGCAACUAAGGCUGCCGUCGAGGAAGGUAUUGUUGUUGGUGGAGGGUGCACUCUUUUGCGGCUUGCAGCUAAAGUCGAUGCCAUCAAGGAUACACUGGAGAACGAUGAGCAGAAGGUUGGAGCUGAAAUAGUAAGGAGGGCCCUGAGCUACCCACUUAAAUUGAUUGCUAAAAACGCUGGUGUCAAUGGCAGCGUUGUCACUGAGAAGGUCCUUUCUAACGAUAACUUCAAGUAUGGUUACAAUGCUGCUACUGGACAGUACGAGGACUUGAUGGCUGCUGGUAUCAUUGACCCCACCAAGGUGGUGAGAUGCUGCUUGGAGCACGCUGCGUCGGUAGCCAAGACCUUCCUGACAUCAGAUGUUGUGGUCGUCGAUAUCAAGGAGCCGGAGGCCGCGCCCCUUGCUAACCCGAUGGACAACUCUGGCUAUGGAUACUGA